AGCAUUUACUGCCUCCUACUGGUCUGUCUCAAGUGGGGAAGUGUAGGGUGGCAGGAAGCGUUCUUUCUCAGUCAGGGUAGCUCAUACAGGGCAUAGGGUUACCACAUAACCCUGCCCGCUUCUUGGUCUCAGUUGAUAGACAAGCCUGUGGUGAACAGUAGCCACAGAAGAGGCCUCCUGUCUGUGUGCAGCUCUGGCCUGGGUUCUCAGGAGGCCUGUUUUAUCUAGUGUGUGCAUAAGGACUUGUGUACACAUACACCCAGUGUAUACACAGUACAGCCAGGGCUCAGCUUGAGAGAGAGAGGAUGGUCUAGAUUAGCUGUGUUGGGGUACUGUGGUGGUGGUGUGUACGACCUUGGCUCCCCCGGCACACACCAAAAGGAUGCAAGUAUGCUACGGAAAGCCAAAAGUUGGGCCUCUCUGCAGAUGGCAGAGGGGCGACGAUGCCAGGUCCAACUCUUGGACGAUCGAAAGCUGGAAUUUCUAAUCCAGCCCAAGUUGCAGUCAUCAGAUCUCCUGGACCUGGUCGCCUCCCAUUUCAACCUGAAGGAGAAGGAAUACUUUGGGCUUGCUUAUCACGAUGAAACACACCACUUGAACUGGCUGCAGGCAGACAGACGGGUGUUGGAGCAUGAGUUCCCCAGAAGGGCUGGUACACUCACCCUACAGUUCGCUGUCAGGUUUUACAUAGAGAGUAUAGCGUAUCUACGGGACCCAGUCACCAUAGAACUAUUCUUCUUACAAGCAAAGUCAUCCAUAUUCAAGGGUCAGCUAGAGGUAGACAGCGAAACAGCCUUCGAGUUGGCAGCUUAUGUGUUGCAGGCAACACAUGGAGACUAUACAAGUGAUGAAAAUGCCAGGAAUGACUUGAAGAAACUUCCAGUUCUACCCACCAGUGCUCUCAAGGAGCACCCUUCUCUUUCUUACUGUGAGGACAGGGUGAUAGCCCACUACAAGAAGUUUAAUGGCCAGAGCAGGGGCCAGGCAAUAGUCAAUUAUAUGUCUAUCGUGGAGAGCGUGCCCAACUAUGGAGUACACUACUACGAAGUAAAGGCAUGUUCAUCCCGGACCAGAAGAUACCAGGACAAGGGUGGAAUCCCGUGGUGGUUGGGGCUAAGCUACAAGGGCAUCGCACAGUAUGACCACAGCGACAAGCUAACACCCAGGAAGAUUUUCCAGUGGCGACAGCUUGAGAAUUUGUACUUCAGAGAGAAGAAGUUUUCGAUUGAGGUUCACGAUCCGCGGAGAGUGGUGCAUGCGCUCAGCACGUACAGUGUGUACGACGAUGCACUCGCUGAGCCCCUGGAGGAGUUAGAUGACCUCACCGACGCCAUUUCAGACCCGUCGACACUGGUGUCGGUGAGUCGGCGUACGUUCAGUCCCAGCAGCACCACGGUCCACGCCUGGUACGCCUCGCCCAACCUGAUCCGGUCCAUGUGGUCCAUGGCCAUCAGUCAGCACCAGUUCUACCUGGACAGGAAACAGAGCAAGGCGAGACUGCCCCACUGUCGCAGCCUGAGUGAGAUUGCGGCAGACCUGACAGACAACAGGGCGUCUGUAGCAGCCCUGGUCCUCUCCUCACCAUCCUCCGAACCCUCCAAGUCUGAACAGAUCACCGCUAGCUCCAGCUUUGGCAGCCUGCCCAGGACUAACAGUUUUUCCAGUGACCAGUCGGAGCCCCAGAAGCAACUGUGUCGUGAGAUGUACGCAGCACUGCGGGCCAGGAAAGAGACCCUGGAGGACCAGCUCAAGCUGAAGACAGAAGCACUCAAACAACUCUGCAUCAAGGAAGCGGAGAUCACAGGAGUGUUGUCCUCAGAUAUACCACUGAAACCCGGGGAGAGUCCACCCCAGAUCAGAAGGCGGGUGGGGACAGCAUUCACUUACUCUAGCAAGGUCGUGGAAGGGUCAGCAGGACAGGAGGCAGAAGCAGAUUUAGAGAGAAUAGAGCGUGAGUAUGAGAUCUUGUCCAAAAUCACCAGCGCUGCCCUACGACUCGCCAACGACCCAAACGUCGCGAAGAAAGUCCGCAAGAAGAGAAAGGAGUCCUACCAGAAGUCCCUGCAAAAGUUGAAAACCCUGGAGGCCGUUCUGAACCAUCUCAGGAAGCAGACCGGUAUGCCGGCCAAAAUGGCGCCGUACGCAGCGUUCAUAGAAGAUCUUGACCCCUCAGAUAGUAGUUCUGUUUCUGAUGUGGUAGAUGAUGAUGAACAAUUCCCACCAACUCCUGAGACUAAGAGACCACAGAGACCCGUUUCCCAUCAUGCAACAUCUUGCCCACCGUCCCCUCAGAAGCAGCUGAGGUCAGCGACCUCCACGCCUUCCACGAUCCCCCGCCAACACUCGCGCCAAAUCAGGAUGACGCGAACAACGUCCAUGGAGUCUACGGGACCCAAGGAAACCACCUUGAAGAAAUCCACGUGGAAACAGACUUCACUAGACGACCCCGACCCCUUGUCGGCAAGGUCGAGCGGGUCAAGUUCAGGUUAUAGGUCGCAGGGUCACGACCUUCACACGAGUAUAUCCCAGCUGUCUUUGCAGCGGAUGACCCACCAGGACAGCAGCCCCGACCUGCUCAGGCACAGCGUGCACAACUCUGUACACAGCUCAUACUCGGACUGGCAGAGGAACGAGGCCUUACGGGGGUACAUGCAGAAACACUCGUCUUCAAACAGCUCCCCGGACCUGUCCCUCAAAUCCAGCGGCAGCAGCGGGUAUUUACCGGGACACAUGUACCGCGUACAGGGCUCCCCCGGGUUCAGCCGUGAGAGUAGCAGUUCGGAACUGUCGGAAAAAGCGUGGGUGCAGUCGCCGAUCUACAGGAGAGGGUCGGCGCACAGCGAUUCUAGUUGUCAGUGGGGGGAGGUCAACUCCUCGCCCGCCCACUACGGCGCGCCGCGUCUGCAAACCAUCAAAUCGCAGAGCUCGGAAAAUGGCGAGGAAGUCGGCGAAAGGAGGUUAUGGCGGUCGUCUCGGUCCAGCUCGCAGAAUUCGGAACACCACAGCGUAAAGUCGCAGUAUGACAAUGUCCCCAGUAGUCCCAGUACCCCUCUGUUGGUUAAAGCUAAAGCCCAGACUGUGCACGUACAAGCCUUACAUGUGAGUAAGCCGUCACUGAUGACAUGUGAGCCUGUCAGGUCGCCGGCAUCCUCAGGAACAAGUACUCCCAGGUCUACCAGUAGUACUCCACACAGGAACACAUGGUGGCAUGACUAUGACCAUGACUCCUCGCCCCCUAGUCCUGAACUUCCACCCAGACUUGUCAGGUCCCUGUCAGAGUCCCACACCGACACCCUGCGGGACAGUUACAGCUUUGGUGAGGCAGAGGAGGGACUGGCCGAGGCCUUCAGCGAGGAAAUGUUGCAGUGGAUCGAGGGCCAGGAAUCCAUGAAACCUGGAACACUUGUAUGACAAUGAUGGUGCCGGCUGUGCUGUAUGUCCACCUACUGUUGCAGCUGGUUUGCAGCAAACUUUUCCAAAAACAGUGCGGAGGAGAGUCCAGAGGGAGCCACCACCAUUCAAUCAAGAUAUGCAAAAAUCCUACCCUGGCACUUUCAGGCCAUUCUUCAGGGACUGCACAUGUGACACAUCUUUGCUAUCAGCCAUCAUCAAAUUUCUGCAAACCACACACCUUUUUGAGAACAAUUUUCAACAAGAUGUUGCACCUUACGUAGAUGAUUCUGAUCUGAUACACUUGUACCGAGAAUUUUUUAAAGGAAUAUUAGACAAGAAUUAUCACUUGUAGUGGCUGUGGCAAGUCUUGUUUUAUAAACAAGGAUACCAUUUGUAAUAUUAAAAGCAAACUUAGUCAUAGUAAGAUGCCUUUAUAUGUACCUGGUAUGUGCAAGUGGAAGAUACGAUGUACAAGUUGCAAGAGCAGCCAUCAGUUUUCUUGGUCGUGACAACUGAGCAUCAUGGGAAAUAAAGAUGGCAGCCAUCUUUGUUUUGACAUUGUGAUGACACCAAGGUCAACAUGCUUAUUACCACUGUUUUUAAGCUUGGAAUACUACUAUAUCUCAGUGGUAGAAUAUUCCUGUGAAGUAUUAUUAUUACUGUGUAAAUAGGUGCUUUUGGAGAAAGAGGAACAAGAAAAAUGUUCCCUACCUCAGGACAGAAGACACUACUGUAAAUACUUGUAAAUGUCAUUUAGCAAUAAUGCAAGAAGUUUGUUUUUGUACGGGGCGUACUCAGUCAAAUUUUGGCAAAGGUUAGAGAUAGCAAUGGCUUCUUUAUAGUGUGAUGUACCAGCAGUGUUUGUUAGCAAAAUGUACAGCAUGAGCCAUGAAGAGCACUCAAACAAAAGAAGGAAACUGUAUUUAGAUGGUAGGAUGCUCUGGAGUUACAAUACAUUUGUAUUUUUACUCGCUGGAACUGAAACAUUUCCUUCACUAAAUUCACCAUUUUGGGGGUGAAUUAGCCAAUUGAAGCAGCUCCUUUUGUAUGAAACUUUAAAUGCCUUGAGGUAAAAAAUUUUACCGGUACUACCUGCAAUUAUUCUCCUUUCUUACUCUCCGAACUGUCUUUUGAAAAAAUGCUGUCUAUGCAAAAGUCUGCUCUAAACACAACUGUAAUGCUUGUCUGUGUAAAACUGUGCAUUGUGUAGAGGCUGUCCAAGUGCCAUGUUGUGUAGUGCCUGUUUGGGGGUGAGUGUGACUAAGCCACACUAGUUGAAUGUGUGUUACAACAUGUUCUUGUACUGUGAAACUAAGGUGAAACGAUUCUUCGAAGUUGCAAGAGUUUGGAAAUACAUUAAGGAAAAGCAGGGCACCUAGUGUGAAAUGUAGAGGGAAAGAACUACAUGUAACAUCUACUAACAUAAUCCUUCCAGAUCACAUAUAUUCCUCACCGUAAAAAAAUCUAAACAGAUCUCUAAUGCAAGGUUCCCCAGUAAAAUGCACUCCUGCAUUUCUAAACUGCAUAACUAGGGGGCGCUGCACUAGAGAUCUCUCAAAGUUACUUCAAAGUGGCAAAUAUAUGUAACCUGGUGGAUAAAUGUUGAUAGAGGUUACCAAGGUUGUAUGAAACAUAGCAAGUAAGCAAAGCAAAUAAGUUAUUGUCUAUCUUCUAGAAGAGUAUGUUCAUGCACAUUAUCCUGUUCUAUACAAGUCACUGGGAGUUACAUGUUGUACUUCUGUUUUGGAGUGCAUGGACACCAUUUGUAGAAUGUGGUAAAGGUUUAUCACAUAUGCAAGCAAAUCUAUCUAUGUUCUUACCUGGUUAUCAGAGGUCACCAUACAAACAGCAAAGUAUUUCUAUUCCUUACCAAAGUUGAAGUAGUAACCUCGUGUAAAUAGAAGCAGAGCAAAGAACAUUUUUUCAUACACCCCCCUCCCCCUUCUCCCUUUGCAAAGCUCUGCCAUUACUAUCAGUGCCAUUGUUGUGUUACUGAAUUCUGUUAUGUAGGACUUUCAAGAAAUUCUGCCCAUUGUACAUAGGGGAAAUUUUGUAACUGGUAACACCCUGCAUGUAGGACUACUUUAGCAGGGUGCAUCGUCCAACGGAUUUGCAUGAUGAGUGUUUUACAUCUCACCAUUUCAAGGACUUGAAAAGAAAUGCAUUUUUGAUGAUAUUGGACUAUUUGAUGAGUCCAGUUUGGUUCUAGUUCAUGUGCUAAAACGUACUCUGUGCAGGAACAUUUCUUAACGUUACAUCAAAUAAUCAUCACUUAUUAAAUCAGAUUGCAAUAGAUUCUCAGCAGCAGAUGAUACAUACAUAUUGGGACCUACAAGGUUGCCUAUGUCUUUAUGAAGUACCUGUAUACCAAGGAAUAGCUUUAGAGGUAUAGAGAAGCCUCUUGUUGCUUUGUAUAAUGUAUUGUUUGAAAUUGUCUCUAGAGAAUGCCUUGUCACAUCAUGGUGCCACACUCAUACUGAGAUCUUCAGUACCACAAGGUGCAAUUUUCACUGCAGUUUUUCACACUUGUAAUAAAUAGAUGCA